CUCAGCGCUCUACAGGAAAUUCACAAGACAAGUCCCAUGAAUGAUACCUUACGGACAUGGGCACAGCCGGUCUCACAGCCAGCCCUCCCUCUAAGGGACAUGAUGAGCAAGACCCAGAUCAACGACAACAAGCGAAGCCAAUCUUUUUCCUCGCUGUCCUCGUCAGGCCAGCUCGCCCAAACCGCCAGGGAUAUCCAAGUCGCAACUUCCUCCUCCUUCUCAAGCAGACGGAUGUCCAGCACUUCCAGCUCGUCUACCCAGCCUAGCUACACGCACAUCGAACCCCCGCCACGGCGGUCGCUCACCACCGUCGACCAUACCUUGCCUGUACCGGGCGUACCAGCAGAAAUGUUAUCAGUCUUCGGUUUGGACCCAGUACAUCCACAGCCCGCCGCCACGGCUGCUCUUACAAGGCGGAACGCACCGCUAGACACCAAAACCACCACAGAGACCCCAACUCCCGUUGCGAUGCAGCAGCCGAGCCAGUUCUUGCCUGGCAAGUUGCACAACCAGGUUACGGAGACAGAGCAGAAUUCUGCAGAGCACAACCUGCCCCAGGGGCCGAAGUGACCUGGCCGAACCAGCAGAUCUACGAAUCCACUCUCGACGGCGGCAACGUGCUCCACCCGGGCGGGUUCCAGGGCCACCGGUCAAACA